CUCACGGUGCGCGCUCCACCCUGAAAACAAGUUAAGUGCGUCAACCGUUGUUUGUUUCCCGCUGCGUGUGCGCGUGAGACAUGAGCGGAGAUGAACCAGGACGCAUUUGAGGUCCCAGCGAGGACUGAGUACCGCUACCUGGUGCAGGAGGAGGAGGAGGAGGUGCAGUACGUCCAUCACAGAAACUACAUCAGCCCCUUCCUGGUGCUCUCCAGACGCUGCAUCUUCUUCAUCUGCCUCGGCGUCCUCGCCCUGCUCGCUCUCGCCACCUAUCUGGCCUACGUGGCCCAGACGCUGCCGUCAAGUUUCGCUCAGGUGUCGACUCCCUGUGGAGAAUUCAGAGGAAGACAUAAAAAUGGAGCCUACUCUUUCAAGGGGAUGCCGUACGCUGCUCCGCCAGUUGGCGACCUGCGUUGGGCCCCUCCGGCUGCACCGACAUGCAGGAGCGGGGUGACCGAAGCCGGACGCUUCCGCAGCAUGUGUCCCCAGGUGCGUCCGAUGUCAAACACAGGGAAGGUGAUGGGCCAGGAGGACUGCCUCUUCGUCAACGUGUGGACGCCCUCGCUGCAGCGAGACGCCAAACUCCCCGUCAUGGUGUGGAUCCAUGGUGGACACCUGCACACGCUCAGUGGGGGCGAGCGGUGCUACUCCCCCACUGAGACGCUCGCCGCCAACACAGGGGUGGUUUACGUCAGCUUCAAUUACAGACUCAACGCCUUCGGCUUCCUGGCGCUGGAGAUGCUGAGAGAAGGUUCUCCAACAAACACCUCAGGGAACUACGGCCUCAUGGACCAGAUCGCAGCUCUGAAGUGGGUCCGGAGUAACAUCCUCAGGUUCGGGGGAGAUCCAGGGAAAGUGACUGUAUUUGGACAGAGCUCAGUGUGGACCCUGAUGACGUCCCCGCAGGCGAAGGGUCUCUUCCAAGCAGCGGUGGACAUGAGUGGCCCGUACGUCCAUAAUGUGACACUGAAACAAGCCGAGUCCGACAACAUGGUGUUCCUGAAGAAGACGAACUGCGGAGACCUGAGCUGCGUCCGACGCCUCUCUGUCCGUCAGGUGCUGCAGGCCAUCCCAUGGGAGGAGUACCCCUCCUGGGCACCCGAUGGGAUGACAGACCUCCCCACUAGAGGGCGCUUCAUCGGCCCGGUGGUGGUGGUGGAUGGAUUUGUCCUGAAAGCUCCAACGUUCAAGGAGAUGAAUGAAGGGCACAGCGACGUCCCUUUUCUUGUUGGGACGACGGAGCAGGAGGUGGACUUCAGACCUCCGGCUGAAAACAUCUCCAUGUGGACGUGGGAGGACUACAGGUGGUUUGUGACAGAUAAACUUGAGUCCUUCAGUGAGAAACUCCCUAAAGAUGCGUUGGACCUGUAUCCGGUCUCUGGCCCCUGUCCCAUCGCAGACCGCUGCCCGGAGAGGGCGUACACCACCAUGGUGUCUGACAUCCGGGUCACGUGUCCCAACAACGAGCUGGCACGGACAGCUGCAGCUGCGCUGACCAGCCCCGUGUAUCGUUACGUGGUGACUCACACGCCGUCCGGACCGGUCAACACGUCCGGCGGUCUGUUGCCUUUCCCCAGCCGCUUCGCCUUCCACCGUCUGGACGCUGUGGCAUUCUUUGGUGGACUGGAGGUUAUUCUGGGGAAACCUCUCUCUGACGAGGACAAGAGAUUUCAGGAUGUCAUCACACGUCACCUCGUCAACUUCGCCAAAACAGGUAAGAUGGAGAAGGAGUGGCCUGAAUUCCCAGCAGCCACUGCUCUCCUGUCCGGCCGCCUGUCGGUGACUCAGAACUACUCGGCUGCUCGCUGCGAUCUGUGGAGAGAAAACGAGCUGCUCGCCUACGCCUGGCUGAACUGAGACGCUGAGGUGAUGACGUCAUGAAGACGCUUCAUCGCCUCAUCCAGAUCAAAUCCAGCAGUUUAGCAGGAGAACCUCAAAUGUGGACAUGAGUCAUCACAGCCUCAGGAACCUGAAGGUGAACAUACGAGAAGAGACGAGAACAGAUUCGGUUUCUUAAGUGCAGACGAUGAAGAUUUUCAGGGACGUGAUUGUCGAGAAGACAGAAUGAGAAACGGUGUGUAGCUUUGUUUGUGUUGUUGUUAGUGAACGUGUGAGUGAAUCACACUCUUGUGUGUGUUUGAACUUGUGAAGUUCUGCUGUUUGCACUGAUUCAGAUUCUUCUUUGAGUUUCAUUUGUUUUAUUUCCUGUUUGAUUCCGAGGGUUUUUCAUUUUGAAGCUUUCACAAAUUAAUCAAAGUUUCACUUCACAAAUUUACUACAAAGAAUUUUUUUAAUCAUUUUUGCUUUUUCAACCUGUGAGCUUCGCAUCGUGUUUGGUUGUGUUGACACUUUCUCACUUUAUAUUUUAUAAGCUCAAUAAACUGAAACCACUUC